AUGGAGCUUCAAUUGGGAAACAAUGGAGGUGUUUCUGGUGAUGAACAUGAAGCUUUUAACUCUGGAAAUAAGGGAAAGAAGGCUUACCAUCGCCAUACUUGUCAACAGAUUCUGCAGCUUGAAAAAUUUUUCAAGGAAUGUCCACAUCCGAAUGAAAAACAGCGGCGUCAGUUGAGCAGGGAACUAGGCCUUGAGGCUAAACAGAUCAAGUUCUGGUUUCAAAACAGAAGGACGCAGGAAAAGGCGCAAAGUGAGCGAUCAGAUAAUUCAGUUCUUCGGACAGAAAAUGAGAGGAUUCAUUGUGAAAAUAUUUCUAUCAGAGAGGCAAUGAAAAACGUGAUUUGCCCAGCUUGUGGAGGACACCCUUUCGGAGAAGAAGAAUGCCAACUUAAUUUGCAGAAACUGAGGCACGAAAAUGCUAGAUUGAGAGAAGAGCAUGAAAAAGUAUCCAGCCUUCUUGCCAAGUAUAUUGGAAAACCAAAGUCACAGAUUGAUUUGUUGACGUCUGACACUGGAUCUUCACAAGAAGAACUGCCAACAUUUGUCCAGAAUCAAAGGAUGGGAAACCCUGGCAUUGAUUGGGGACGGAAUCCAGGAUCGGACAUUAGUCAUUUCGCAUAUAGACUUGAAGGAAUUCCAGAUAUGGAAAAUGCACUCAUGGCUGAGACUGCUGCCGGCGCAAUGGAUGAGUUGAUCAGACUUUUGCGAGUAAAUGAGCCUUUUUGGAUCAAGUCUCCAUCUGACGGAAGACUCAUCCUUGAUCGGCUCAGUUAUGAGAGAAUUUACCCCAGGGCCGCUCAUUUCAUAAGUUGCAAUGCUCGUGUCGAAUCAUCCAAGGAUUCGGCAACAGUGACCAUGCCUGGAAUGGACUUGGUUGACAUGUUUUUGGAUCCUAAUAAAUGGGUGGAUCUUUUUCCGACAAUUGUUACCGAAGCAAGAACAAUUCAUGUACUUGAAGCUGGAACAGUAGGGAACCGUCAUGGUUCGUUGCAGAUGAUGUAUGAACAAAUGCACAUUCUAUCACCCUUGGUUCCGCCUAGGGAAUUUUACUUUCUUCGCCUUUGUCUGCAACUUGAACCUGGGCAAUGGGUGAUAGCAGAUGUAUCUUAUAACUACUUGAAAGAAAGCGGAUCCCCUCCCUGCGCUUGGCGGCUUCCUUCUGGAUGCAUGAUCCAAGACAUGCCUAAUGGAUGUUCCAAGAUAAUAUGGGUAGAACAUGUGGAAGCGAAUGAUAGGAUUCAAACUCACUGCCUGUACCGAGAUCUCAUAUGUGGUAGUUAUGCUUAUGGGGCAGAAAGAUGGAUUGCUAGUCUCCAGAGGAUUUGUGAGAGGCUCGCUUUCUCUACAGCUGUGCCUCCACGAGAACUCGGAGGAGUGGUCACUUCCCCUGAGGGUAGAAAGAGCAUAGUAAACCUAGCCCACAGGAUGGUGAAGAUUUUCUGUUCAAGUUUGGGCAUGUCAGGAAAACUGGAUUUCCGUCAAUUGUCUGAAGGGAACAAUAGUGGAGUUCGGGUGGCUAUUUGUAAGAAUGCAGAACAAGGCCAGCCGAUUGGCACAGUUGUUAGUGCUGCUACUUCUUUUUGGCUUCCACUCUCACCUCAGAACGUGUUUAACUUCUUCAAAGCCGAGAAAUCGCGAACUCAGUGGGAUAUUCUGUCGCAUGGCAAUCCUGUGCUUGAGAUUUCACACAUUUCUAAUGGGGCUGAUCCAGGGAACUGCAUAUCCAUUAUUCGACCUUUCAUUCCUGCUGAGAACAACAUGCUGAUACUGCAAGAAAGCUGCACAGACUCCUCGGUAUCAAUGGUAGUAUACGCUCCAGUAGGCAUUCCAGCCAUGAACGUGGCGAUAAGCGGUGAUGACUCAUCAAUCAUUCCCAUACUUCCAUCAGGUUUUGUAAUAUCUGGCGACGGCCGUAUGGACACAAGAGGGACCAGUUCUAGUUCCACCAGUUCUACUGGGUCAAACUCAGGAGGUUCACUCCUUACAAUAGCCUUCCAAAUUCUGGUCUCUGGCUCUAAUUCCUCAUCCUCCACAGAAUUCAACAUGGAAUCUGUGGCAACAGUGAAUACCCUCAUCAGCACCACUGUUCUGAAAAUUAAAUCUGCUUUUAAUUGCUCAGAUUUGGAUUAAGCUUU